GAAACACAAUGAAGCUUAAAAAAAAGUCAUAAAUCAUGAAAUUAAAAGAAAAAAGGCAUGGUGAGGGUCUUCGAGUUGCUCUUUAAUGUCUAGAAUCUUCUUUUGCUUGUUGCUAUUGCCCUCUUCCAUUUCCUUUUCCCACACACUUCCAAUGAUCACAAUUCACAACAACACUCACUCACCUUAAUCAAACAAAACCACACACAACAACAACAAUGAUGAGAUUCUACGACCUCUCCGACACCGACAACGACUCUGCCAUCGAAGAAAUAAUCUCACAGGCCCAAGACGCAGUUGUUCUGGACCAAGUCUCUACCAUCAACUCCUCCGCCUUCACUGACGACUCCCUUCUCCCCUCCCACCUUGAAACCCGUUUCCGCAACCUCAAAUCCUUCCCUCCCACCAAACCCAAACCCAACACCAUCGCCAAAGCUCGCACCUUUUCUUCCAAUCUCUCUUCAGCAAACCCCCAAAGUCCUAAUUUUUCACCACCAAACAGAACCCAGAUUCUGGGUACACCUCUUCGCACGAGAAAAAUAGUUUCAGAGAAAAAACUAAAGAUGGAGAGAGGGAGAGAGAGCUUACGGUUUUCUUGGCGGCAACCAUUGUUGCGAAGAGGAACCGGAAGAGGGACGACGAUGGCGAGUAAGACUGCCACUAGGGUUGGUUUAGUUUGCUUUGUCUUCAACCUUUGUUGUAAUUACAUAUGUUUUAGGGUUUUCAUUUAGGGUUAGGGUUCUUGUCAGCGUAAAUAAAUUUUACCACAGCUGGGUAAAAAAAGCAAGUCUUUCAAGAGAACCGAUCAGACGUUGACACGUGAGAGUCAACGUCUGCGGCUAAUGAUCAAUGUCCGAUUGGGACGUCCCGAACUAACAUUGCAGGGAUUUAUAAAAAUGGGGAACCAAAUUUGUAAAUUAAAUUAGCAGGAGACCAAAUGCGAAGCUGGAGUAAAAGUGGAGGACCAAAAAUAUAAUUUUGCGUAACAGUAAACUUAAUUCUUCGCAAAAUUCUUCACUCUUGCGAAGUAAACUUAA